UCUCUAUCAUUAUCUCUGCUUUUUCUCAUUCGUUGCCUUCUUCGCUACUUCCAACGAAUUCAGCCAAAGUUUUCACCUUUUCCUUCCUUUAUCAGCUCUCCUUGCUUCCCUGUGGCUGCUGAAAGCCUUUACAGUUUUCAAGGAGCUUUCUCUUCCUAAUCCAUGGAGAAUGCUCACAUGUCAGAAGACUUGAAGGCCAAAGAUGAUCUUCAUCAGCCUAUUGACUCACCCCAGCAGAAAAAUGAACGACACAACCUGAAUGAUCCAAUUAGGAAAGUAAGCCGAAUAAGUGGUGGAUCAGAUCGUAGCAUUGAGCAAUCUCCACUGCACCGUAAUCAUGUGAAAUCAUCCUGGGAAAGGAGAAACUCAACAGAAGCUCCAAACACCCCAGGAAGAUUCAAGACGAGGACUGGUGGUCGAGGAGAUGAUUCGCCUGAUAAAAGCCCAGCUGUGCCAAGAUUUGGCGAUUGGGAUGAAAACAACCCGUCAUCAGGUGAGGGUUUUACCGGUAUUUUUGAGAAGGUGAGGGAGGAGAAGCAGAAUGGAUCAGCAAAAGUUCCUCACUUGACUGAUGAUUCAGUGUAUCCCUAUAGUAGUUAUGGCAGCAAUUCAUCUGGCUGUUGGUGCUUCAGCUGGUGCAGAAAAUGAGGGAGUGUGAAAGAAAAUUAUUAAGUUUGGCCUGUAAAUAUCUUUAAGCUACCUCUCAAGAAAGUUUUUAGUGGUCCUACUCUUAUGGCAUUUAUAAUGCACAAAAGAGAUACCGUCCUUGGAUUAGUGCCCAAAUCGCCAGUCUACUAUAGUUGAACGAUAUACAUUUCUUUGGUGUUCCAUUAUUGACGGUAGACCUGGACUACUUGAUACUUUCUCAUGUCUCUCAAAGCGCAUUCCUUUUGUUUCCUGUGUGCUUAUUGUUGUAAUAAAUAUAAAUAUAUUUGUUGCAUCAAGACGUUCUGAUUCCUCGGAAUGUUUUAAAUUUCAUAAAUAUUUGGAAAGAAA